AUGCACUUCUCCGCCCCCGUUGCUCUCCUCGCUCUCGCCGCCGGCGUCCAGGCCGGUGUUGGCAAGCAGCACGAGCCCCCCGUUCACGCCAAGGAGGCCGUCACCCACGGUGCCACCGGUGCUCAUACUGGCACCCACCCCGCUGUGACCGGCUCCUCCAGCCACGGUGCUAAGAACAGCACCGUCGUUGCCACCUCCACCGUUCCCUGCCACAACGGCAAGUGCCAAGGCUCCUCCACCAGCCCCGUCCACGCUGCCACCAGCUCUGCCGGCGCCGGCGGCGCCGGCGGCGGUGGUGCUGGCGGCGGUGUUAUUGGCGGCGGCGGAGGCCCCGGCGCUGGCGCUGGCGCUGGCGCUGGCGCUGGCGCUGGCUCCGCCUCCGGAAGCGCUGCCUCCCCCAGCGCCAGCGGCUUCGUCCCCUCCAACCCCGGUGCCAAGGUCUCCGUCCCUAUGGCCGGUGCUGCCCUGGGCUCCGUUGCCUACGGUCUGGCUCUCCUCGCCUAA